CAAGAUUGAAGUGAAUAAAGAAAUAUGUAUAAGUAGACCAACCAAGAGAAAUUAUGGUGACCGAUUCCGAACAACAUCAUCAUCGCAUCUUUCAUCCAUCACCAGAGUGAAGUUGAAACAGAGAAGAUAAUCCACCUGUGACUUUUGAAAGCGAUGACGCUGGGUUUAAUCAAUGCCAAUCCCGUAGUUCACGCCAAGAAAGAGAGAAUCGUUCGCUCCGAAGAACCUCACACCGAUAAUGUUAUUGAUCCCCUCGAUAUUUAUGAUUUUGUGAGGGAUAUUAGGGAUCCCGAACAUCCUUAUUCUUUGGAACAGCUCAGUGUUCUAUCGGAGGAAUCAAUUACUGUUGAUGAUAAAUUGGGUCUGAUUCUGAUAACGUUUACUCCAACUGUGCGACACUGUAGUAUGGCUACUGUGAUUGGUCUUUGUUUGAGAGUUAAGCUAAAGCACUACUUCCCUCCUCAUUACAAAGUGGACAUUAAAGUGUCUCCAGGAUCUCAUGCCUCUGAAGAAUCAGUCAAUAAGCAAUUAAAUGAUAAAGAAAGAAUCGCCGCCGCCUUAGAGAAUCCAAACCUGCGCCAGCUUGUGGAUGAGUGUCUCUACUCCAAUGAACUGUGAACAAGCACAUAUACCUGCCCAGGAACUGUUGUGAAGCCAUUAGUGGCCAAUGAAGUCAAUAAAAAGUAAUCAUUGUGUCUUUAGUUCUUCGAUUUUCAUAGGUUUGUUUAGCGAGCGGUAACUAUGUAAGUAAAUUAAGUUAGAAAUCAUUGUGUCAUAUGUUUGUGUCUUUAACUACAGAUAUGCAUGUAUAUUUUAGCUGUCUGUGGAUUAACUCACCGUCAUAUUCAAAGUUCAUGCCAAGCUUUUAAAUUUUUGGUGGAAAGGAAUAAAAAAUGCUUUAGCAUUUUGUAGAGGUUCAACUA